CAUAGCAGGUAGAAAUUCGUCAACAUACAAACGUCCCACAGCGGAAGUGUAUAGGUUAUAGGGACAUGGCAAGAGAUCAAACCCCCUUCCUUAAGUGGAUAAGGAUUAAAAAUAGGAAAAAGAAGAGGAACUAUGAGGACGAAGAUUCAAACAGGGGGGACCUGUCGUUGUUGGAUAUUAACAGUCACGGGUUUGUAGACCGGGACAGUUUCAAUGGAUCAUGUUUGUCUCUUGACAGUGACACAUGUACUACUGUAACUAAAUUCCUAUGUUUUGCUGCCAAGGGGAACCUAGCAGAAGUCCAGAGGCUAUAUAAGGUAGACAGAAGUCGGAUCUUCAUACAGGACUGUCGUGGGUUCUCAGCUCUCCACCAUGCUGCUACUAACGGACACCUUGAUGUUGUAGAAUUCAUUGUGACGUCAGGGGCUGAUAUUAAUUUACAAAACAAAAAUGGCGACACUGCUCUCCAUGUGGCAGUGGGGGGUGACCAUACGGAUGUCAUUGGCUAUCUUCUCAAACAAUCGGCCAGUACCACAAUUCUCAACGAGGUGUUCAUGGCUCCCAUACAUCUGGCAGUGGACGGGGGUAAAACAAAGGCAUUAGAGACCCUGCUAAAAUUUUCCGCGGUCGAUGUAAUUCUGCCGGGAGAAGGGGGCUUUACCCCUCUCCAUUACUCUGCCUUAAGGGACAGCGAUGAGUGUGCUAAGUUGUUGUUGCAGUAUGGCGCCAGGCCGUGCGUCACGUGCUCGCACGGAUUUUAUCCCAUCCACGUUGCUGCUAAAUCUGCUGCAGCCAAGACUCUGGAGGUCUUAAUUAAACAUGUGGAGAACUUGGGAUACACAAGAGAACAAGUGUUAUCGUUCACCGACAAGGCCAAUAACAUGCCCCUCCACGCCGCUGUCAAUGGGGGCCAUAUAGAGGCAGUAAGGGUAUGCAUAGCCGCAGGAGCCGCCGUCGAUGCACAACAGGAGGAUAAAUCGACACCUCUACAUUUUGCCUGUGCUCAGGGAAGCGUAGAGUUGAUAAAAAUAAUGCAGGAACUACAACCAGAUCGGUUUUCUACGGCCCUCCGAACGUGUGAUGUAUUAAAGAUGACUCCCCUUCACAGAGCGACUCUUUUCAACCACGUCAACGUUGUGGAAUACCUUCUAAAACAGGGAGCCGAUAUAGACGCACAGGAUUCACAAGAUAGGACACCAUUGCUGAUCGCGGCGUCCAAGGGUUGCUGGAGGACGGUACAGUGUCUGAUGGUAAACAAUGUCAGCGUCGCAAAAACUGAUCGCAAAAACAGAAACUUCCUACACCUGGCUAUCAAAUUUGGUGGACGUCUGAAUGAGUUCGGGGCUGAAUUACUUAAGGAUGUGAAAAAUCUGUUGAACGAGAAGGACGACUAUGGCUGUACCCCUCUCCAUUACGCUUCUAGAGAAGGUCACCUAGUGGCCAUUGAUGACCUCAUUAGCCUUGGCGCCCACAUCAACCCAAAGAAUAACAACAAACAAUCACCAUUACAUUUUGCUGCAAGGUACGGUCGAUAUAACACUUGUAGACGGCUACUGGACAGUCCUCAAGGAGCCAACAUAAUUAACGAGACAGAUGGUGAUGGGCUAUCUGCCCUUAACUUAGCGUCACUGAACGGCCACACAAAGAUAAUCCACCUGUUAAUGGAGAAAGGAGCUUACGUCACAAGAGACCAUGAAGGAAAUUCCCCUCUUCACAUGGCAGCGGCCAAUGGAUAUACGAAGACAAUCAAGAUACUUCUGGGUGUGCAUUCGAAUCUUCUUGACUUAACUAACAACCAUGGGGAAACGGCACUUCAUGUUGCUGCUAAAGAAGGAAAAACUUCGAGUGUAGAUCUACUCUUGACGUUAGGUGCAAAAAUGACAGUAGAUAACGAAAACAAAACAUUCUUCGGAAUAGCGAUGGAAGCCCAGGAUAGUGACGUCGCUCUUUCAAUUGUCCGACACGAAAGGUGGCGAGAGGCAAUGAAUCUGUGUUCAGGAUCAAUGUGUCCUAUGUAUGGCCUCGUCCAAUACCUCCCAGACGUGUGCAUGGUCGUUCUCGACAAUUGUCUUAAGCGGUCAAGUGAAGAUGAAGCAAAGAGUACUUUUUAUAUAGAGUACGACUUCUCGUACCUACAGGCUCCUAUCAGCUACGUAAAGAAAAUGGCCAAGGCAGAAAAAGAAGUACCUCCACUCUUUUCGCUAAAUGCAAUGGUGAAAUUUGGGCGUGUCCAGUGUCUGUCGCAUCCCCUAUGUAAGGCAUACCUUAGCAUGAAAUGGAGAGCUUAUGGAUUAUGGUUCCACAGCACAAACCUGGUAUUGUAUCUUAUAUAUCUCGGACUUCUGACCAUGUUGGCAACCACCACAACCCUCUGGUAUCCCUCUGAUGAUAAUGGACAAAACAGUACCAACGCAAGUACGACCGAGUUAAACUCGCAUUCCAUAGAAAUACAUACUGCGAAGAAACUUUGUGUGUACAUAGUGGUGGUAUUUACUGGACUCAACAUAUUAAAAGAGAUCGCACAAAUGUAUCAACAGCGGAUGAAGUACUUCACAGACCUUGGUAACGCCCUGGAGUGGGUAUUAUACGUCACCACUGCAGUGUUCGUUAUACCGAUGAUAACCGGAACUACGUAUAAAUUCCAAGUCGAGGCUGGAGCUAUUGCAAUUUUCCUGGCUUGGUUCAACUGCCUACUCUUCCUACAGAGGUUUGACGUGUUUGGGAUAUAUGUGGUGAUGUUCCUGGAGAUCCUGACAACAUUAAUACAGGCGCUCAGCGUUUUCUCCUUACUCAUUGUGGCAUUCGGAUUCGCAUUUUUUCUUCUCAUGAAAUCAGAGGUGACGCAUGCCUACUCGAAUCCCGGAAUGGCUAUCCUCCGGUCUGGGAUGAUGAUGCUGGAAUUGGAUUACAUGGCGUCCUUCAACGAGCCUCUGACAGAUGGAAGCGACACCACCUUGGGAUUCGGAGGUCUUACGAUCUUCUUCCUCGUCAUGUUUGUUCUCCUCAUGCCGAUUCUCCUCAUCAAUCUCUUGAUUGGUCUGGCAGUCGGUGACAUAGAAUCGGUACAAAGUAAUGCCACUUUGAAACGUUUGGCUAUGCAGGUGGAGUUGCAUACAGACUUGGAAAGGAGGCUACCCAAGUGGUUACUUCUGAAGGUGGACAAGGUCGAGUACCGCUACUAUCCCAACAAAUGUGGUCAGGGCAUGGCUUCUCUUUGGAGUAAGAUGACAUGGAACAAAAACGAUGAUUUGGGGUCUGAUGAGUCGAGGCGCCACGACGCUUACCUGUAUACGGAACUUCACAAACAGAAACAGAGAAUGAAAGACAUGGGAGCGAAGCUAGAAAAACAGUACGACCUUCUGCGUCUGAUCGUCCAGAAGAUGGAGAUUGUCACUGAGGAGGAUAACAAGGAUGAAGGAGUUACCAAUACCACGAGUCUAGAGAAGAUUCACGGGGCCAGCUUCAGCGCGCCAUUUAUCAAGAAAAACCUCCUCCGACAAAACGCUAUUGUUUCCCACUGGCAAAAAUCAUCGGGAAAAAUUAAGGAAAGUUCUAAGAAUGAACAAGAUUGCUAGUCAUAAUAACUUUUAUAAUAGCAAUAAUGUCUUGACUCAUUUAGUCAUGUGUUUCUUUAUUAUGAAAAUUAGUUUUAAAAUGUAGCAAACAUGAUGUUUUCAUCUCAUCUGAAAAUUGUGUUAAGUCGCAAAAUGAAUUAUCCAUGACGAAUAUACAUGUUCGUUCUAGAUAUUUGCUAACAGUUAAGUUACUUAAACAUGACAAUAUUGGGUCUCAAAUAAAGACUUCAAUUGUGUUCGAUAAAUUUGACAUAGUCACCUUCAGAACGUUGAUGAUACAUGCAUUAUUCUGCUUUAGACAACUGUAUAUUAUGUGCAUAAUUAGUCAUAACCUGUCUGUCUCAUCAUACUUACGCCUGGGUAGUCUCAGCUCGUCAGUCUCAACUUGGCGGUGAGAAUACUUCUUUGUAUAUCUAUUUGUCAGAUGCUGGUUCAUCGUGUACAUUUUACAUACAUUAUAUAAUCGCGUCCAUUAUAAGAUAGCAUAUUCCUUACAAGAGCUUCAUGUUAAAGCACUGUUACACGUGUGUUGUAUUGUUACGUGUUGUUACGUACGUGCGUAUUGUUGAUAAUUAAUAUAUAAUCAUGUUAUUGAAUGCUAUGUGUUGGCAUAUUAAUUGAUGUAAGUAUGAUGGGAAUUCCUUCCUACAAAAUAUACACAACUUCGUUAAUCUGUGGCUUUUAGUUGAAACAGAUAUAUCGUCUUUUCAUACAAAAGUUUGAUGAUACAAAUCUGUAUAUAAAAUGGUGAAUUGAUAGUGCAAAAAGGUUGAAAUCUAAGAAAAUUGUUAUACGUAGCGGUUUUUGUAUUAAAAGGGGCGUUACGGACAGAAAAGUAAGAGUCCUCCUGAUAUGUAUGAGAACUUAAGUAUUGAGAAAGAAUAAAACUGAUGAAUUACAUACAUGGUCGGACUCAGAGCUACCGGGUGUUACGUAAUGUUUGAUGAAUUAUAUUUCUAACGGUUAUACAGUGGAUAAAUAUAUUUACACACUAAUGCUUAAAUCAAUAAAUGCAUAUCAAUUCACAGUCUGACGUUAAUCUGCUCAAAUUUUAUACCGGGUCGCAGCAGAUUUCUACAGUACUCAUACGUAUCCGCUUUACAUACACAAUAACUCUAUGAUAUUGUCCAUAAUAUUCCAUCCAUUCAACAUAAUAUACUUCAGUAAGCAACUAAGCGGUCUGGUUACUUAAUUUGAUAUUGACGUAUGCAUGUAUCCGUAGUGCCCGCUUGUAUUUUGCUUUUAUUUGACGUAGAUUAAGAAAAGAUAAUGAUUGGAAAUAAGAAUUAAAUACAUACAGACUUAUACGUGUAUAUAUAUGCUAAUUGGUACAAUUGUUUAAAAAAAUCCAUUAAAAUUGGAUUUGUAAAAAAGUGCAGCUAUUCAUCUAGAGUUACACCCUUAUUGAAUACUUUCAGGAAACAUUCCUUCGGCUAUUGUUGAUGUUUUCUAGUUUUGAUAUUUUGGUAUUGAUGUUUUUUUUCGGACUGAAUAUAUAAGGGGCGUAACUCGUCUCCUUCUAAAACUCAAAAGCGUUGUUAUCAUACAAGGAAUUCGACUGCUGGGCAUGAUUGUUUAUGAGAACACGUAUAUGUUUGUUUUUUCACUUUUAAUGACGAGUCAUCUAUGUAGAAAUAAUAUGAUUUCUAGUUUAAUCCAUGGAUGGAUUAUUUCCUUUUCAAACAAACUUUAAAUACUUUUGUAAUUUUAAUUCCUAACUGUAUCUCUUACCAUUUAUUUUGUUCUUUUCAAUGUCAAUGAUACUUUUCUUUCAAAAGGUCAAUAAUAUUUAUCAUUAGUAAUUAAUAUUCUGCUUUUUUAACUGAUUUUUUUUUUCAAAGUUAAUUGAUUAAGGUAUUGAUAGAGACAUUAUCACAGAAAACAUUUCCUGGUUAGUCGUCAAUACCUAUUGGUUACAGAGUGUGGUCUAAGCCGGUGUUUUAACACCUGUCGACUUCCUUGUAUGGUUCCCGAAAUACUUCAUUAAGUGUCCAAUUCGUGGAGUUGAGAUCUGAAAAUAAAUUGUGAAGAUUA